AUCACUUUUUUUCAAAACACUUUUGUUGUCUAGCAGUCAUUUUCGUAGCUUACAGAUGCAGAACCAUGUUGUAAUAUACGGAACAAUAUACUAUACUAUAGUUUUGACUUGUCUACUCUCCAGUUCUGGGGCAGCUUCUCCUGAUCUGAGUCCUGAAUGGCAUCACUGGAUGAAUUCAUGUUUUUUCACCACCCUUUAACUUUACUAAUUGAGAACUUCUAAUGCCACUCGAUGCUUUCUGGCUUCCGUCUCACACAGCUGAUUGCGAAAAGACGCAUUGCAUUGUGUCUUAUCUGUGCUUCCAUAUGUUUCGUAAAAAGCACAACCUCCUCAUUCAGAAUAGUUGCCGCUACGGCCCUCUUUGAGCCUGCACCUUAUUGUAGAGUUUGACUCUAGUUUUCUGGACUGCUGACAGAGGUCCAGCUGUUAUGUACACACACACACACACACACACACACACACGCAAACAUGCUCAGUUAAAAUAGUCUUUUCCAGUUUUUGGUAUUUCACCCCUGGCAGUAUCAGUAAAAAUUGUUUCAGGGCCAAAGUAGUAGCUGGUUUACAUGCUAAGUGGACUAUUGUAGGCAAUUUUGUGAUGAUACCAAAACUCAGAAUAGCUGCUAUCCUCCAACUGUUUCAUUGAAGUCCAAGUUACAAAAUAUUUAUAGUCGAUGUGUGAACAAAACAAAAUCCAUUACUUCAGAAAGCUACAUGAUGUAUUCAAGGAUUUUUCAAUCUUAGUGCAAAGGAAACUUCAGUUCAAUACCACUAAUGGGACUUUAGGGAAUUAAAUUAAAUUUAAAAUCUGAACUGCAGCUAUUACAUAUGUUAUCAUGCAUAUGUCUCUUGUACAAACUUUGCAAAGAAGGUAUGUAAAUCAGUAUCAGCUAAUUGUUCUGUCUUUUCCUCAACAAACACAAACAUGCUAGUGUGCGAGAGAUCAGGAGAAAUAACGCCCCUUCGGUAACCAUGGUAACAACACUGGUCAAUGUUAAAAGGGACCUCAAGCAUAGGUGGCACACUCUGUUGCAUGGCAAGUAAUGUGACUACGCAGAAUUGAAUAUGGACAACACAACAGCACUAACAUUCACAAUGACUGCAUACGCUGUCAUGGAAAACUACAAACAUGGGCUGUUUACUUUUUUCCUCCUGCUGUAUGUUGUUACUCUCACUUUGAAUUCACUGCUCAUUACUGUCAUACACCAAAACAAACAGUUGCAUCAACCAAUGAAUGUGUUCACAUGUAUGUUAUCCAUCAAUGAAAUGUAUGGUAGUACUGCAUUGUUACCUGCAAUUAUGUCUUUGCUCAUGUCAGAGACCCAUGAAAUACCCACAAAAUGGUGUAUGGCUCAAGUCUAUUUCCUGCACACAUAUGCAAGUGCUGAGUUUUGUAUUUUAGCUGUUAUGGGAUAUGAUAGAUAUGUUGCUAUCUGUUACCCGCUGCAUUAUCACAGCAUCAUGUCUAAUUCAAGGAUAGGUAAGCUUGUUGCCCUAACAGCUCUAUACCCAAUCAUUUUGUUUGGAUGUUUUUACUCACUAACCUUACAGCUGAGCUUCUGUGGAAAAGUCAUACCGAAAUUAUACUGUGUGAACAUGGAAUUGGUCAAAAACUCAUGUUCAAACGCAUCGUACAUUAGUAUUGUGGGACUUCUACUUAUUCUGGUUUUUAUUGUGCCUCAGGUAGUGAUGAUUGUUUUCUCUUACGCACAGAUUUCAAGAGUGUGUAGGAAAUUAUCAAGAGAGUCCCAGAGCAACGCUCUUAAAACAUGUAUUCCACAUUUAUUAUCUUUGCUAAACUACAGCAUUGGUUCCUUUUUUGAGAUUAUCCAAACUAGAUUUAACAUGAGUUAUGUAGCUGCUGAAGCACGAAUCUUCCUGUCUUUAUACUUUAUCAUUAUUCAACCAGUUGUCAACCCAGUGAUAUAUGGAAUUGGCACUCAAAUAAUAAGAGUCCAUAUACUGAAACUGUUUAUUAGACAGAAGAUCCCAAUCAAUUUAGCAAUGAUUACAGCUUAGACCAACCUAUCUUACAAUGCAAGGACAUUUAUAAUAAUUAUUUGUGUUUCAGAAACUAAGGGCAGAACUUCUUUUAAAUUAUCUGAUCAUAAAGGAUAAUAUUUAAAUUGUAUUCCAGUUAAUGUGAUCAAACAAUAAUAUUUUAGCAGUAAUCCUAACAAGGCCAACUGGGUUCCCUUAAAUUUUGCCAUUGAAUCUUUCUAUGUAUUUUAAAUACGGCUAAAAAUAAACAUGAUAAACUUGAUAAAUUCAAAGCUGUGGAUCGAAUUUAUCAAUUGUUUUUCUAAUUGUUAAAACAUUUAUAUGGUGGCAAAAACAUCUCUGUUUGAGAAAUAAGUAUAAAGAUGUACAAUAUCUGAUAUUUCUCCGUACAGGAUUGUAUUGUCUUAUUUAACAAUAAGGCAUAAUAAUGUAUUUUAGUCAUUAUCGUCGGAAUUCCAAUUGUGGUUAACACGUCUCUGUGUUUGCAUAUUAUUAUUUAUAAAAGUGGCUUACCUUCAAAUUAGGAUGCUUUGUGAAAAAGUGACUCUGAUAAAACAAUUUCUUUCAAUUGAAGACACACAGUGGCAAAACAUUUUUUUUAGGAAGACCGUGACCCUGCUUGCGCUUCUCCUCUUGAAAGUUUAAAAAAAAAAAUUAUAUAUAUUUUUGGGGCUUUUUAUUGAUUUUAUGAUAGAGACAGCUGAGGACAGACAGGAAAGGGGGGCAGAGAGAGGGGAUGACAUGCAGCAAAGGGCCGCUGGUCGCAUUCAAACCCUGGGCCGCUGCAGCAAAGACUCAGCCUUGGUGCAUGGGUCGCCAGCUGUACCCACUGAGCUAACCGGGUGCCCGAAAGUUUAAAAUUUUAAAAGAUUUUUAAAUCUUUAAAAGAGACAGAAAGUUGAAAAUGAAAAUGAUGUGAAGACUGUCAGACACUGAAAGUUGGAAUCACCAAUUCAUAACUUGUCCUCUAAAUUUCUUGAGUUAUUUAACUUAAUAUUUGCUAGCGAUUUUUUGCAGUGUACCUGAAAUAAAAGAAAGUAUAUUCAAAAUGUG